UAGCGCGACGCCAUAUUUACACCUUUGUUCGUCGUUGCUGACUCAUAUCGAAUUAUUUACCGUUUCGAUGGCGCCCAAGAAAAAGACCAAUGAGAUAGUAACACGGGGUCGUAGUAAAUCAACUAGUCGGAGUACUUCGAAAGUUCGUGCACGAACCCCAAGCUCUGCACGGUCUCGAUCAAAAACACCUACUAGGCGAGCGCGUACGCCCGCCUCUGAAUCCAAGGUGAGACGUAGACGUUCUCCGAGCGUUGACCCAAGUGAAGAAUCUGUCAAAAGUGUUACAAAAACAACCCAAUAUACCGAGACUGUUUUUGACCGCCCUGUUCAAACUGACAUGUUUAAAUCAUUGCCUCUAAACCAUGGACUGUCUCGUUUUUCCCAAAAAAUUAUCAAGAAAAUAGAAACAGAAAAACCAACUCAUUUCUAUGAAGAAGGACUAGUUCACAAGCCGGAAGCGAUCCAACCACACAAACCAGUAACACUAACUCCACUCUUAACAAAUUAUCGUAAAACGUUGUUUAGUCCAACUGUUGUUGCUAUUAUUCAAGUACUGUUCAUUAUACCAUUUGUUUACUGGCUGAACCUUCUGAUAUUUGCACCUGUUUCAGUAAGCAAUUUUUCCGGCGAAAAUAAAAGCUUAUGGGAAUCAGCGUUUCCACUAAUUGAAAUUCUUUGGCCAACUGGUGAUAAUAAAAGUUUGUGGGGUCCUGCACGUCCAUUUCUUGGAGUUCUUUGGCCAACUGACUGGCACAACUAUAUCAAUAUCCAGAGUUCUGUGCUCGUCUUUAUGUAUCUUUUGUUGCAGUGUCUAGUUGCUCGUUUUCUCCCUAUUGGUCGAAUUGUUACAACGGGGAUCCGAAAUAUCGACUACCGCUGUAAUAGUCUGAUGUCUUUUAUCAUCUUCAUUGGGUUGUUCGCUUUCGCUGAAAUUUCCGAGUGUACUACAAUCAGAAACUUAAAACCAAGUGAAAUGCUCCCAAACCUGUGGCUCAGUUUACUGACUUCAUCUUGUUUGGCGUCUCUUUUUUUGUCGUUUGUUGCGUAUUUCGCCUCUAAGACAGUUGUACGAUAUACAAGACAAUCAGCGGCCAAAACAAGUAGUAUUUUCCUUGAUUUUUGGUGUGGUCGUCACGUACGACCCCAGUGGUUUGGUAUUGAUUGGAAAAUGACUAUAACACGGUCGGGAUUGAUGGCAUUGCCCUUAAUAGACUUAACGUAUAUAUUCAGACAGUAUGAGCAAUAUGAACGCAUUAGCCCGGCUCUUGCUGCGCAUGCUCUUAUGCACGCUUUAUGGGUGCUUGACUUCUUCAUCUUCGAGCAUACCUUCUCCUUUACUUACGAAGCGCAAUCUGUAACAUUCGGUUCUUGCUUUAUUAUCAGUCGAUUGGUCGCUUUACCUUUCGUAUAUUCCAUAACAAGUUCAUACUUGUCUUCAAGACCUGAUGUUGGCAGACAGCUAACUAGUUCUUCAAAACAUAGUUGUAAUGCUUGGAUUAUGGGAAUUGCUAUUGUUUUAUUUUUACUGGGAUUAUGGAUUUAUCGUAGAUCAAACAACCAGAAAGAUAGAUUCAGACGUGAUCCCCACGAUCCAUCGUUUGCUAAUGCUGAAAUAGUUGUUGGACCAGGUGCUCAACGAUUACUAGUUUCGGGUCUUUGGGGUUAUGUUCGCCACCCAAAUUAUGUGGGUUACAUUAUUUUGGCCGUGGCAAUGCAGGUUCCAUGCGGUGAGUUUUAUUAAUUUCUAUGUGAAUAGGAGAGCAAUAUUGUUUGGGUCACUAGUGUUUUUCGAAAAUCAUCCUUAACACUAAAUCUGUACACAACACAUUAUGUAGAUACAAUACAUAAAUUUUUCAGGAUUGAGCAACUAAAUCACAGAGUUUACCAGACGACCGUUGGAUUGGUCCACAGUCACCUGGGUAAUUGCCGAAACAAGCCUGUUUGAAUCGGCACUCGUACUGAUCGCAUUACUAUGAUUUGUCGUGUUGAUCGCUGGCAAUUGAUACUAACUUUCCACAUUACUCUCUUUAUAGGUUUCGACUCUCCACUGUUAUGGGGAAUUUCCGCUAUCACAAUUCUCAACAUUAUUCAUCGUUCUAUAGUUGUGGAGGAUGCUUGUUUAAGAAAACAUGGUCCAGCAUGGCAAAAGUACACAGCCUUGGUGCCGUAUCGAUUCAUACCUAAAGUUUUUUAAUUACUACUUAUUUCAUAAUAUUUAUUGCAUUUAUGUCAAUGUGUUUUAUAUAUUUUUCGCUCAAUGGUCAAUUCUUAUAAAUUUUAAUGUUUAUAGAUUUAUGCUCUUUGUUUUAAUGCAAACUUUUAGAAUUCUUCAAAUUGGCAGCAUUCAUAUAUCCAAGUUUUGUUAUUACAAUCUAUUAGGUGUACAGUUUUCUAUCUAACCUUUUUUACUCCCAAUGUUUUAUUCUAAUAAUAAGUCGAUGUUUUUUAAUCUCAUUGCUUAUCCCCAUAAAAAAUUACAAAAGAA